AUGGCUGUGGUAAGGGUGCCUAUGGUAGAAGUGGUUUUCGUGGUGGUUUUUCAUCAAAUAAAUUUGGCUAUUCCUGAGUGUCAGAUUUGCAGUAAGCGUGGCCACAUCGCUGCUAAUUGCUAUUAUCGCAAUUCUUCUCCUUCUAAUGUUGCCUCUUCUUCUGUGCUUGAAUGUCAGAUUUGUGGUAAGAAGGGUCAUGGAGCUUUAGACUGUUUCCAUCGGUCUAACUAUGCCUUUCAAGGUCAGCGUCCUCCUCUUUCCUUGGUUGCUAUGACUACUCAGACAACUUAUAAUCCAGAUCAAGUGUGGAUCGUAGACAGUGGUGCUACACAUCAUAUGGUGUCUAAUUUGAAUCAGCUGACCAAUGUGACUGCUUGUGAUUCUGUUGAGAAUGUUACUAUAGGGAAUGAGGAAGGUUUGCAUAAAUCAAAGCAUUUAGAUUCUGGUUCGAGUUCAUCUGUAGCUUUUCUUGGUCAGCCGGUUAAGUCAUCUCUAUGGCAUCACCGAUUGGGUCAUCCAAAUAAUGAAGUGAAAAUACAUAGUGAUGUGUGGGUGCCGUCUAGGGUGAAGUCUGUGGAUGGCUAUAGAUUCUAUUUUAAUGCCAAUAUCAAGUGCUUUCAAAGUGAUGGCGGUGGGGAGUUUGUUAGUAAGGCUUUUACUAAUUUCUUGGCUUCUAAGGGCAUUGAACAUCAAGUUUCUUGUCCAUAUACUCCUUGGCAAAAUGGAUUGGCUGAGAGAAAGAAUAGGCACUUGAUUGAAACCUCUAUCACCCUUUUAAUUGCUGCCCAUAUUUCUGGUUCAUUUUGGUUUCAUGCGAUUGCUCAUGCUGCUUAUUUAAUAAAUCGAAUGCCUAGUAAAAGCUUGUCUUCUCAAUCUCCUUAUUAUCGGCUUUAUGGUAAUGUUCCUGAUAUUACACAUAUUAAGGUGUUUGGGACUGCAAUAUAUCCUUAUUUGAGACCUUACAAUGUACAUAAACUUGAGCCUAUGACUACUCCUUGUGUUUUUCUUGGAUAUGCUCAAGGCUAUAAAGGCGUUAUUUGUUACAAUCUUCAUACUGGAAAAUUCGUGAUAUCUAGACAUGUAGUCCAUGAUGAGACCUGCUAUCCUUUUCAAGGGUUUACAGAAUCUAGUUCCACGCUAUCAUCUAUGUCUUCCUCUACUACAGCUCCACUCUUACAAGCUAUUCUACCUAAUACUAUUGCCUCUUCUAGUGAUGAUAAUUCUUCUGCAUCUAGUGUGUCAUCUACUUCUCAGUAUACUAAUGUUCAUCCUAUGCAGACUAGGGCUAAGAGUGGUAUUAGCCAACAAAAGACUUUUCCUGAUUAUCAUUGUUAUCAUACCAACUUACCUAUUAUUUAUGAAGAGAAUGAACCCUUUUCUUAUAAAGUAGCAUCUCAGUCUCCUACUUGGCUUCAAGCAAUGCAAGAGGAGAUUGAUGCAUUGCUGAUGCAAGUGAGGUUAAUUCUCAGUCUCGCAGCUAUGCACAAGUGGUCUUUGAGGCAAUUGGAUGUUAAGAACGCAUUCUUACAUGGGGAGCUUGAAGAAGAAGUUUUUAUGAGACAACCUCAAGGUUUUGAAGACCCCAAGCAUCCUGAGCUCCAAUGCAAAGUUAUGCAGACAAUGAUUGAUGAUUGA